UUCAAAUCAUGGCCUUACGUGGUUUUUUGGUAUUAGUGUUUAGAAAUAUUAUUGCAAUAAAUAAUGCAAUCUAAAUCGUUUACAGUGAUUACUUCCGAGAUUUUAUCGCGAAACAGAUGUAUCAUAAAUUGCUGUGACCAUGUUGAUCAUAGGUAGGACUAGUGAAUCUGAAACGAUGAAGUGUGAAAUAAAAACGAAAUUGCACACGAAAAUGAUCUUGGACAAAUGUAAAACCGUGUUAAUUUUAUCGAGUGUUGUGUGUACUUUGUCUGUUGUGAUAUCGUUGCACAAAUUGUUGAGUUAUGAUGUCAAAUUCACAAAACCUUUCGCGCCCAUACCAGCUGGUCUGUAUGGCAAUCAUUUGGAACCAUUUGAAGAUCAAAACCAGCUUCCUGCCAGCCCUAAGAGGCAAGACACGGCUCGCGAUGCCGAGGCGGUUGUUUCGUUAAAUGCUGCUCUAGAAAUGAAGAAGAAUGGCAAAGCAGAUAAAGCUUUAAAACUAUUCCAACAUGCCUUUGCCCUAUCUCCGAAACAUGCUGACAUAUUGAACCACUAUGGAGAGUUUUUGGAAGACACCAAGAAAGAUGUUGUCAAAGCUGACCAACUUUAUACCCUAGCACUAACAAAUUUCCCAGACCACACAGGUGCAUUGAUGAAUCGACAGCGUACAGCUAGUAUAGUUGAGAAUUUAGAUAGAGAAAUGUUGAAAAAGAUUGAUGAAAAACGAGACGCACUUUCAUCAAUACCAGAGAACAAUGCUGCUCUAAGAAGAGCAAAGAAAGAGGCUUAUUUCCAACACAUAUACCAUACAGUUGGUAUAGAAGGGAAUACCAUGUCUUUAUCACAGACAAGAAGUAUAUUGGAGACUAGGAUAGCAGUUGCAGGGAAGAGCAUCGAUGAGCAUAAUGAAAUUUUAGGCUUAGACGCAGCAAUGAAGUACAUCAAUCAAACAUUGCUGUAUCGUUUGAGAGACAUCACUAUGGGAGACAUUUUAGAAAUCCACAAAAGGGUGUUGGGUCAUGUAGACCCAAUCGAAGGUGGUCAUUUUAGGAGAACUCAGGUGUAUGUAGGUGGUCACAUACCACCAGGGCCCUCGGAAAUACAGAGGCUAAUGACACAGUUUUUAGAAUGGCUGAACUCUGAAGAUGCAAUGGAACUGCAUCCCGUAAGAUACGCAGCGCUAGCGCACUACAAGUUAGUCCAUAUCCACCCGUUCGUGGACGGCAACGGGCGCACGUCGCGGCUUCUCAUGAACUUGCUACUCAUGCAGGCCGGAUUCCCGCCCGUCAUCAUCGCCAAACAGCACCGCCAUCUGUACUACCAGCAUCUGCAGACCGCUAACGAGGGAGAUGUCAGGCCGUUUGUGAGGUUCAUAGCUCAAUGUACAGAGCGCACUCUGAACCUAUACCUGUGGGCAACGAGCGAGUUCUCUCACAUGGUGCCAGCCAUUGGGGAGCCUCACAUCCUCACUGGAGAGGACUUUGAGGAGGAUGUACUAUGACCAGCUGACUGAGUUCCUAGUUUAAAGGUUUAAGCAACGCUCACUUUUCAGUAGUGAGGUUUUAGUAUUAUAUUGAACUUCCUAUGGUUGCUUUUCAAUGUUUACUUGAGUGUAAAGAGCUCGGUUCAUUAAUUAUUAUUUACCUAUUCAUUAAUUUUAGGUAGUCAAAAACAUAAUAACGCCCGUAUUCACAAACAUUGCUAUGAGGUCUCACAGUGCGUGUGGACGCAUUGGGUGACACACGCACGAACCAAUCACAGAGCUAUUAAACGCUGUGCGUUUGAUUUAGAUUUGCUGCUUCACUUAAGCAAGCUACGUUUGUGAAUACGGGCUUAGACUUUCCUAAUUAAAUGACAACAAAAUACCGAACUCUGCUUUUGAGAUUACUUCUAGAAUAAUUAAUGACAUUGUAGUAGUACUUCGUACAUAAAUACCACCGUCCGUUAUUACAUCUUCUUUAAACAAAAACGACUAUUGAAUUUUACAAAAAUCAUUCCUACAAUGAAACGUCAAUUACUUUUCCUAGAUUAAAAAGAGACACCUCAUUUUAAACUGUCUUUGAAGUUACUCUUCAUCCAUACAAACUUUAAAAAACUACUGUCUUUACAUGAGAACUGUAACAUUUUACACUUUCAUCCACAUUUUAACUGUUCUCUAUCUCACCUCAUGAUGAUGCUGCUUAGUGAGGAACAUACCCCCAAAAGCAGUUGAAAGUAAAGACAUUGCGUUGGGACGCGAAUCAUGCUCCUUGCCUAAUUUUAUAUUGAAGUUAUGUUUUAUUGUCACAUUGUCGUGUGAUUUCAUUAGUCUCUCUUAGAUCUAUUUGUAAAUACUUCCAGUGGUUUAAAUUAUACAAUAGGUUUGCAGGCAGGCCUAUGUUAUGUGUGUACUUAUAAAUUAUUGAAAGAACUUAGCUUGUAUUUGGUGUAACAUAAAUUCAUAAAAAGCAUCACAAUAUGACACUAUUUGUUUGUUAGCUAACUAAAUAAUUGUUUUAUUAUAUGGGCUAUAAGUUAUUUAAUUCCUACAUGGGAUAAUUUAUUAAAAAAUCAAAUUAAUUUAUUCAAAAAGUGUAUUUUUUAUAUAAAAUUUGCUUGCCCUACUAAGGUAUUAACUAUGUAAUAAUUUAGAUGCAUUUACCGCAAAAUUUUGUAUCAUACGAACUUGGUAUUUUCAUUCAAUGUGUCCUUUUAAAUUAAGUACCAAAGACACUGCGUUUCAUUAAUAUGUUAGUUAGUUAAUUGAUUUGUAAAGUUAUUGAGUAACUACCUAACUUUAUUUAUUUUGUGACGUCAUGAGAAGUUUACUGUGAUAUUGAAAUUAUUUUUAGUACUUAUUCUCGGUCAUAUGAUUCUAUGUAAAUGACGUAAUAUCAUUCACAUGUGAAAUAAGUCGCAUAUUGAUAACAGCCGAUAAAUAUAUAUUAUGCUAUCAUUUUUAUUUUCGUUCAAAGUCGACAAACAUUCGCCUACUUUUAGACGAUUGGCACAAAUAAAAAUGCACAAUGUUGUAGUCUUCGUUAUGGUGGUAUGUUUGUGAUUCAAAAGCCCACCUUGUCGAUCAUAUGUAUGUAUUGUAGUCUUGUCUUCCAUUUUUGUUGUCCUAUUUUAUUUUUGCCUAUAAGCUCCUCCAAGGUACCAAUGUACAAACUUUGUAUAUAAUAAAUUUAUUUACCAUCCUUGUA